UAGACCUAUUGAAAAACAAAAUUUUGGCUCAUAACAGCAUCAAAGUAAACAUGGAAGUAUUUGGUUCUUAUAUUUUACCAUCCACUGAAAAUUAUAGUAGCGAGAAAUCAUUUAAUACUGCUAAUCAAAUUAUUGAUGGGUCUUCAGACUUAGAUGAGAAAUAUUUAUGGUUUGUCGAGAAAUUGAUGACACAAGCAUCUGAAUUUCUUGAAAAAGACUCAGGUUGGGCCUUACAAAAAAUUAUGUACUUAGAAAUUAACGUUAACAAGUUUAACCCUAUCGGUGGAUCUUCAUUCGUUGAGUUGCCAGCGCCCAUUCGGAGAAAAGAAGCCGUUGUCAAUGUCAGAAACAUGGAUCAGUAUUGUUUUCCGUGGGCCAUAACGUCAGCCUUGUGUCCGCCUAACUCUAAAAUUGCAGAACUAUCUUCAUAUCCACAUUUUUCAACGUUGUUAAAUAUAGCAGGUUUGGAUUUUCCAGUGAAUUUGCGCGAUAUAAAAACCUUUGAACAAUUGAAUAAUAUAUCAGUUAAUGUUUAUGGUCUCGAAAGCAAAAUUGAUAAUAAUAAAAUAGUUUGCGAAGUUGUAGGUCCAUUGCGGUACACAGAAAGGAAAUUGGUGGUACAUGUGAAUUUACUAUUACUAAAAUAA